AUGGCUGAUCUCCCCGCAUCAGCGGCUGCCCCAGGACCCGCAGCUGGGAGCAACACGCGACCUCCGCCACGUGGGACCGCCGCCUACCCUCGCAAGCGCGCUGUCAAGGCCUGCCAAGUCUGCCGUGCUCGGCGUACCAAGUGCGACAACGCCAAGCCGUCGUGCUCUUUCUGCCUCAAGGUGGGUGCCACGUGCAUACAGUCGCCCGUCGACCUGUCAAGCUUCGACCCGGCCAGCCUCAAGAUCCUAGAGCGGUUGGACGACCUGGAAGAACUAGUGAGAUCCGUCUCGCUUGACAGCAGCAGUGGCAGCCCGACCGCAAGCAAGACCAGAGUCGUCGAUUUGGACGCUGUCAUACCGCCGGGUCCAGAAGAUAUCGCAUCAUCUUGGCCCAUCUUUGCAGCCUUCCAAGACGGGCUGGGGACGGCGCACGCCCUGAAAUCGCCGUCGGGGUCGUGCUUGGGAGCGUCCGUCGUCACCUCUGCGCCGUCCAUGCCUGUCUUUGAAGGCCACGACCCUGACAGGGAACCCGGGCGGAUCAGCGAGCUGCUCGACAGCUUCUUUGCUUACGUGCACGUCAAAAACCCGGUGCUCGACGAGACCGCCACGCGGAACAUGGUCUUGUCUACUGUUGACAACGGCCUGGACUGGUCCGCCGAGUCAUGUCUGGCCUCGCUCGUUUGUGCUUUAGGUGCGAUCGCCACGCCCUUCGGCCCCAGCCUGGACACCAUGCCAGGGACGCCCGCGUAUAGCAGCGCCCAAUCCUUCUUUGCCGCCGCGCAGCAGCGGAUUGGCAUGGCUCUCUGCUCCGAUGAUACUCUGGCUGCCCAGUGUCUCUUCCUGUCGGGAGUCUACAUGAUGUGCACCUGCCAGCCCGUGCGUGCAUGGCGCUUCUUUCUGCAGGCCCUUGCCGCUUGCCAGCAAUUCUCCUUCCUCCACCCGCUUUCCCACCAGAACCACCACCCAGAAAACGCUGGCCAGCAAGCCAGUCUCAGCCCGCCAGCGGGGAUAGGAGACACUUGCUCGCCAGCACCCUCCCCCUCGGACACGCUCCAGCAGGCCGUCUACUGGUCGAGCUGGAAGUCGGAGCGCGAGAUGCGCGGCGGAGACAUUGGCCACCGACUACCGGACUUCUCGGCGCCCCAUCAGGACGCCCAUCUCGUGCUCUACCCGCCGUUCUUUCCGACGCCGCCGGCGCCGCGUCCGGAGACGGCCGGCGCGCCGAUCCACUCGCGCCUAGCGCGCGAGCGCACAUCCUGGUACUUCUACUUGGCCGAGAUCUCGCUGCGGCGGCUCUCGGCCCGCGUCGCAGCCGAGAUGAUCCGCCUGCGCAAGCAGGCGUCCGCCCCCCGGGGACAUAGCAGGGCGCAGUUCCUGGCGGCGCUGGCCGAGGCGGUGCCGGGCUACGAGGAGCAAGCGGGAGAGUGGGUCGCGUCACUGCCGGCGUGCCUGUCGUUCGACGCGCCGGCAGACGAGGACGAUGUCUGCCGGUUCGUGCUCCGAGGGCACGCGAUCAAUCUGUUUGAGCUGAUAUACUGGCCCUUCCUGUCUGCGUAUCUGGGCUGCGCCGAUGCGGGAGAACAACCGCUCUGCGCCGAGCGGGGCCCGAUGCUCGCAGGCAUAGUGACGCUGGCACAAAAGGCCCUGGAUCACCAUCUCAUGAGGCUGGUGGUGAACCGGCCUGGAUACAGACACCGCCACCACGGCACGAUCCCGAUGAUGCGGUCCUGCUCGCGUAGCGCUUUGAUACUGGUCGCGACGGCCAAGCACCUUCAACGCGAGGCGCGUCGUCCUCGGGCUAUCGGUGGUGACAUGUUGACUGUGCGUAUGCCUGAGGGGUGGGCGGCUGAAGUGGACGCCGUGAUCGAUCUCUUGGCCUUCUGGAGCACCGAGACACGCGAGUUUCGCCAGAUUCAACGAGUUCUCGAGCAGGCACAUGCAAACACCUGCACGGCCGCAGCUUCCGGCUCAUAUUUUCUCCCGUGA